AUGACAGACUAUAUAAACCCAGAAAACCCGCUGGAGAUCCUGAAGUCUUGCCGGCUCCGCCCAACGAUGAAAACCCUGCUAUUAGCCUCUCUCCUGGUGCUAGCAUCAGGUGCCAAAUUAGGCAACCUUGGUGACUCGGAUGCUAGGGAACAGCUCUUUGAACGCACUCCGAACAAUAACCUCAUCCAGAUCAAGUAUGGAGCCACUCAAGGAACUUCCUUCUCAAACGGUCAGCUGAACUCGGGUUUUUCUAGUGGUCAGCAGUCUUUCUCCAGCAGUCAGCAGGGCUCCAAUUUCCAAAGGGGCCAGCAGAGCUCCUCUUUCUCCAACAGUCAGCAAGGAGUUGGUUUCUCUGGCAACCAACAGGAAGCUAGCUUUUUAAGUUCUCAACAAGGAUCUGGUUUUCCAAGCAGUCAGCAAGGCUCCAGUUUCUCAAGCAGUCAGAGAGGAUCUAGUGCCUUCAGCAGUCAACAAGGAUCCAGUUUCCCGAGCAGUCAACAGGGGUCCAGCGCUCUCAGCAUUAGCUUCCCUGGCUCUCAGCAGAGUUCUGGCUUUACUACUGGUCAGCGAGGAUCUAAUUCCGGCAAUAGACAGCGCUCCAGUUUUUUCAGCAGUCAAAGUGGAUCCAAAUUCCCAAGCUCUCAGCAGGGCUCUAGUUUCUUCAAUAGUCAACGAGGAUCUGGUGUCUCCAAUAGUCAACGUGGAACCAGUUUUGCCAACGCUCAGCAGAGUUCUAGAUUCUCCACCAGUCAACAAGACUCUAACAUCUUUAGCAGUCAACGAGGAUCGAAUUUCCCAAACACCCAACAGAGUUCCACCUUCUCCAGUGGGCAAAAAAACAAUGCAAAUCAGUUCUUCAGCCAAAACAACAGGCAGACACAGUAUUCCAACAGCAACAAUGCUGGCCGAGUUCAAUACAGUUUUAACAAUUACCGUUUCUCAAAUCCCAACCUCGUGGAUGUGAAGAGAAUUGAACUUCCAGCCAGCCGUGGAUCAUCUGGUUUCCAGACUAACCGUGAAAGCUCCAGUUUCCAGUCCAGCCAGAACAGAGGAAGUUCCUUCCAGUCUAGCCAGAACAGAGGAAGUUCCUCCCAGUCUGGCCAGAACAGAGGAAGAAACUCUGGAAGUACCUUCCAGUCCAGCCAAAAUAGAGAAACUUCAGUCUUCCAGUCCAACCAGAAACAAGGAAAUUCUAAUAUUCAGGUGAAUCAAAAUCAACGACGACCUUCUUUCCAGGUCAGUCAGGGAGUUUCGUCUCUCCAGUCCGGCCAGAAUCAAGGAACUUCAUUCUUCCAGUCUGGGCAGAAACAAGGCAGUUUUGGUAGCAGUUCUAGGUUCCAGAACAACCAGAACUUUGGAUCUACCACUUCCCAGAACAGGAACCUUGGCUCUACCACUUCCCAGAACAGGAACCUUGGCUCUACCACUUCCCAGAAGAACCAGAACCUUGGAUCUAGAACUUUCCAGAACCAGAACCUUGGCUCUACCACCUUCCAAAACAACCAGAACCUUGGAUCUAGAACUUUCCAGAACCAGAACCUUGGCUCAACCACUUUCCAGAACCAGAACCUUGGCUCUACCACUUUCCAGAACCAGAACCUCGGAUCUACCACUUUCCAGGGUAACCAGGACUUGAGUUCUACUACUUUCCGGAAUGCACAGACCUUUGGUCCCUCCAAUUUCCAGAGCAGUCAGAAUCAAGGCUCUACCAGCUUCCAAAACAACCAGAACUUUGAUUCUUCCAGCUUCCAAAAUAAUCAAAAUCUUGGAGCUAACAGUUUCCAAAACGAGGCAAGCUUUGGCUCAUCCAAUCUCCAGAACAGUCAAAACGCCGGAAGCACCACUUUCCAGGGCAACCAGAACGCUUUCCAGAUCACCGGAGAAGCAAAGGCAGCAGCAGAAUUUCCAGAACCAAGGCAUCUCUACUUUCACUACCAGUCUAGACCAAGGAGGGUCGAAUUUCCAGUCAAACAACCAGUUCCAGACUUCCCAGGUAGGAUCAAGAUUUUCCCCCCAGGUGUGACACUGGCCAAAAAAGGAUAA